UUGCCUCUUACCACCACCAUCCCCUCCAUGUCGAGCCCGGGAUCCCCCAGGGCGCUGCCCGGAUGGCUUGUCGCGCGCGUGCACACCGGCCUCGCGCUGACCGCGUUCGCGAGCGCGCUCUUGUUCGGGUGUAUGCUGCACUACAAGAAGAUCGUCAAGAAUGGCGUCGCGGGGUGGCCCAAGGAGUGGUUCCCCUCGGUGUCAGCGACGAUCGGAGAUUGGUACCCCGAGCGGAAUAUAUUCCAGAUCAUGAUUGCGCUGACAUCCGGUCCCCGGUUCGCGCUGGUGUACUUGCUGUACUGCCUGAACCGGUCGAACACCCUCUUCGUCAUAGGCAUUCUGAGGACACUGAGCUGCGGCGGAUGGGUCUACAUAACAUCGACGGACGACCAUGACAUUCACGACGUGUGCAUGAUCACUUACGUUGUCUUGACUUUGCCGUGGAUGAUUGGCGGGACCCUGCGUUCGUCUGGAAAGGCUAGAAGAUGGAGACGAACGGUCGCGUCGACGUUCUUCGCAUCACUUUUGCCACUAGGCUACUUCUUCUACCAGCAUAAGGUCAAGCGUAUACCGGGAGCCUAUACGCGAUACAGCUUUUUCGAAUGGGGCCUUGUCAUCCUUGACGUACUCUUCGACGCCGCCGCAGAAGAGGACUUCAGAGCGAACAAUAUUCAGCUCGUCCUUUCAGUCGGGAGUCCGUCCAAUGUACCUCUUGAAGAAACUCACACUCUGGACGUAAAGUCUGCAGCAAACGAUCAUGGAGGAGCCCUUCAGAGUGCGGUUCAGCCAGCCGUGACAACUGGCCAUAAUGAACACGGUCGCUCAGCAUCGCUUCGCUCCCUUGUAACCUUCGCGUCGGAUUUGUACCUUGCCCACACUUUCUGGGCCGUCUUCACCGCCGUCCAGCCCACCCUCUUCUACUUCUCUGUCUGGGAGCUCGCCAUUGCGGGCCCUGAACUCGCCAUCUUGAGCGUCCUCUCACCCGCCUUACUCGGCUCGCGCAUCAUUGCCUCCUGGGCGUCCAGCAAGAAAGGGCAAGCUGCGCUGCACGUGCUAUCCCUCGCCGCGCUUCUCUCGUACUUGUCAUACAGCCCGGUUCACCGGUUGUUUUUGGUGACGCCAAGCACGUCGUUCGUCACCUUGAGGCAGGCGGCGCUGUUGGUGCAGCCAAGGAGGCAAGGGAGGGCGUAUCAUAGUGUUGUUUGGUUAUUGGGUCUCAUAUUGUUCUCGCUCGGGAAGUAUGCGAAUCAUUCGAAUAGCCCUGUUUGGCCUUUCGUCAACGAAGCGACAGGCGGAUACAACAAGACCGGUCUCCUGUUCGCCGUUCUUUGCUGCCUCGAGCUCAUUUUGCGCCCUCGAGCAACUUCGGAUGUACCUCUCGGGCCUCGCGCCCUGAAAUCUUCCGCAUCUCGCACAUCGAAUCAAUCCCAGGUGCACUGGCUCUUCGGCGCUCUCCCGCUUGGUGCUCUCACGUUUAUCUUGCACGCCUACCUCACCGAGCCCGGUACACUGGCGGCGUGGGCUUGGACGGGCUGGAACGAUUACAAGCCUGGCGGACCGCUUCCGCACCAUGCUGUGUUGACCUUGCUUGCUAUGGCUGUCGGGGCUGCGCUCGCUGUGGCCUCCCUGCGUGGCGAAGUCUCAGAUACCCCUGGCGACGUUGCCGGCACCGCGUCCUCCAAGACUACCACUCAACCUCCCGUCCACACCUUCAUCGCGUCGCUCCUCACGCAUCCUGUCUGGCACGUCCUCGGCAGUGCGGCAUCCCUCGUGAUGUAUCGCUACCGCGGCUGGACUGGCUACGCUGGCAGCCUCGCAGCGGCCGUCUACUGGACUUCGCUGGUACCAAGCGUCGUCUCAAGGGCCGCGUCUACCGGGAAACACGGUCGUACACUGGGGCUGGCGAUGUUUGUGUACAUCCUGUUCAUAUUGGCCAGCGUGUGGACGGUGGCGUAUGCUUUUGUCCCGGGCGGUAUCUACUUGCGUGAGCGGACGGAUCUGGUCAUGAUUGCCCAGACCGCACUCCUGGCCUCCACGCUCGCGUUUUCCCUUCACAAAGACCAGUCCAACCUCCUAGCCCUCGAGCUACCCAAGCCCGCCCGCCUGCGUGCAUACGGCACGCUCGCCCUCCUUUGCAUCCUAGGUCUGGCGACGUCGCUGUACCGCCAGCCCAUGGCCGCGCCGCGGCCGUACAACGCGGGCCCAAGGAUCGUGACCGCGGGGAUAUGGACGGUGCACUUCGGGUUCGAUAAUGAGGGGCGGGAUAGCCAGAGGUUGAUUGCGCAGCUUGCGGACGAUAUGCGGCUGGACGUUCUGGGCUUGUUGGAGACGGAUCUGCAUCGUACCGUCUUCGGAAAUCGGGACUUGUCGAGAUAUAUGGCGGAGGAGAAAGGCUACUUUGUCGACAUUGGGCCGGGACCGAACAAGCACACCUGGGGUGCCGUCCUUCUGUCCAAGUUUCCCAUCAAGAACUCGACACAUCAUCUCCUACCAUCGCCUCACGGCGAAUUGGCGCCUGCGAUUACUGCCAUUUUAGACGUCUGGGGUACGGACGUCAUGGUCGUGGUCUCGCACAACGGACAAAAGGAAGACAGACUCGACCGCCAGCUGCAAAGCACAGAGCUCGGGCGACUGAUGGCAGAGGCGUAUCCCAUGCCGACCAUAUUCCUCGGCUAUGUCGUGACGCGGCCUCACGCGCAGAAGCCCAACCCGUACCGCUACCUCGUCGAAGACGGCCGGAUGUACGACAUCGACGAGGAGGACAAGGACCGAUGGUGCGAGUAUAUCAUGUACCGCGGCCUCUAUCGCACUGCGUACGCCCGCGUGUCCCGGGGUGUUGUCACGGACACGGAGAUGCAGAUCGGGCAAUUCGUGGUGCCCAAGCAUGGCGAGACGACGAGCGAUCUGUCGUUCGAGGAGCGGUACCUUCGCUCCUAUAGGGAGGAUCUGCCGGUGGAACACUGGUUCCCCGACGAGUACUACGGCAACAAGCACGAAGGCGGGAAGAACAAGCACUUCUAUCAUGUCUUCGACACGCCCUUGUACUAUCGCCUCCCGGAAGGCGCACGCGUGUAGAUGCACCAAAAAUCUCUUCAGUCCACGAUCUAAGUAUCCAUCUGCAUCAUCUUGUCGUGCUACGCUACUGAACGGACUAUGCUCUGCACUGUAUUUCUUGCUGGUCUAUAUGCACGGACAAUAUAUUUAUGUCAUUCUGACUGUCGCAGUGGAUUUUGCGUCAGCCCAUUGGCACAGAUUGAUGACUCUA